AUGGAGGCCGCUACGACGCGACCGGUACCAGAGCACGGGACACAUCAGAUGGAGUGUCGCUUGAGCUCAGAAUUAGGCCACAAAUAUCCAAGCUGCGAAGAACAAGAUAUUGGAUGCUGGCAAGGAAGCAGAAGUCAGCACAAUUUGCAGCACAACGUUCCGCACUUAUCCUGGAAGCAUGCAGAAUUGCACGAGAGGAACUUACGCAUAAACCUGAUCGGUCUGGAAUGUUGCGGCAGCCAAACGGCGCAGCGACGAAGCAAAAGCUUGGCUCAGCUCAGAAAAUUGUUCUCUAAACCAGGCGACACUUGUUACGAGAAUAGGUUGUCGUUUGUUAGUUGCACGUUUCCUAACUCAGUCUUAAUCAUACGACGGACUGAAUAG